AUGGGUCGGAAGAUGGCGUCUCCCACAGACGGGACAGAUUUGGAAGCAUCUUUGCUAAGUUUUGAAAAACUUGACCGUGCCUCACCAGAUCUUUGGCCAGAACAAUUACCAGGUGUUGCUGAAUUUGCAGCUUCCUUCAAAAGUCCUAUUACUAGCUCUCCACCCAAAUGGAUGGCUGAAAUAGAACGGGAUGACAUUGACAUGUUGAAAGAACUGGGAAGUCUCACCACAGCUAAUUUGAUGGAGAAGGUACGAGGCCUACAGAACCUGGCCUAUCAACUGGGGCUGGAUGAGUCCAGAGAGAUGACACGGGGGAAAUUCCUCAACAUUCUAGAGAAGCCGAAGAAGUAGCAGCAGCUUGUGGACAGGUGUCCUGGGG